CAUUUUUCACUCAUUUCGUCUCGUGACAGAAAAUAAGUUCACACAGCCCUUCCCAUUGAGCAUCGAAGAAGCAUUUACAGCUUCGUGACCGGCUGCAUUAUGACGAAGGCCUGUGCGCCUACUGUCUGUAUCGUGGGAGGCGGCCUUAGCGGGAUUAUGCUUUGUCGAGCUUUCGAACGAAGGCGUCAGGAGCUUUUAUUAGAGCGAGCAGAAUAUGGUAAAAAGAACGACAAGCCGUCAACACAUCUGGAUAAUUUGCCAAUUUUGACGUGUUUCGAAAAGGCUGCAGCUUCAGACGGUGUUUGGCUCAGGAAAAAUAGCAUCAGAGAAAGCUUUCAUAAACAGCAACCACAGCCCAAAAUGAACGACGAUCUCCGGUCUACUCGACUCCCCCUUAACAUCGAAUUCUAUGAUCAUCCAUACGACGAAUAUUUCGGCACUGCCGCACCUGAAUACCUUCCUCAUAGUGAGAUGUUGCUCUCUGUUCUGGCACAAGGCACCGCUCGUUGUGCCGACUUUUGGCUUCGGUACUUUUGCUUUGGUAUGGAAGUAGUAAGCGUCGUGUACAACGAGCAAUCGCAAAAGUUUGCUGUCCAAAUCAAAAACGUUCAAACUAAUGCAACCAUUGUUCGCCAUUUUGACAAAUGCAUAUGGGCUUGCGGUGAAACCAGAGCCCCAAAUAUUUCGACCUCUUUGCGACGCAGUUUUAUUGACGGGGACUUUGCGGACAACAUUAUUGACAAUAAAUCAAAUGAAGCAAGGUGGGUGGAUAAGGGUCUGCGCGAUAAACGGAUGCUGAUAGUCGGCGAACAGAUAACAACCGAAGACUUGGCACUAGAAGGACUUAAGAUAGGAGUCGAACAAAUAUAUAUCAGCAUUCGGUGCAAGCCACCGUCGUUUUUUGACACAACGGCUCGGUCGACCAAAAAGGAUCAAGCGCUAUGGAAGCAGAAUAUGAUAGAAGUAACGGAGAAAAGAAAAUGCAUUUGUUUUACUCGCGUUUGCAGGGACUGGCCCCAGACUUGCACGCAAUGCGAGGGAAUCGAACGUAAACUACGGAACGUAAAGAAUGCAAUCAUUUGCACUGAGGAUAAUCUCAGCAAACUCGACAAUCCGCUACGAGACCACCUACCAUUUUGGGACAAUGGCCAAAAAGUGUUCUCUUCUGAUGACUGGAUUGUUGUUUAG